UGAGAGCGUCAGAAAGGGAAUGGGACAGACAAGAGACAGAGGUAGACAGAGGUGUGACUGAGUGGAAGACAGAGUCAGGGAAGCUAAUAGCGAGCUGGUCCUUCCAAUUUAUGUCUAGAAACACAGAAAAGGCAAACUAGCGGUAGAUUUUCGUGCGUAAAAAAGAGAGUAGGCUGCCCUCUAUAUUCUUAAGUUUUACAACACUUCUCUUCCAGGCUGAACAGUUAUUCGGAGGUAGUGUCCUCUGUGGAGUUUUCUUUGUCUCCGCAAGUGACACUAAAGAGCACGGAUUACAAUGAUAAGGAUUUUAGAGGUUUGGGUCACCUCGGUGGCCAUUUCUCUGCUGGUUAAGGGGGCUCUUGGAGGUUAUGGGAUGAGUAUGUUUGCUGCCCAGUCGUCCCCUCCAGACCCAUGCUAUGAUGAGAACGGCAACCCCCGGAGGUGCAUCCCCGAUUUCGUGAACUCGGCUUUCGGGAAGGACGUGCGCGUCUCCAGCACCUGUGGAACCCCGGCCUCAAGGUACUGCGCCGUGACCGAGAAGGGUGAGGAGAGGACUAGGGAUUGCCACACCUGCGAUUCAGGGGACCCAAAGAAAACUCAUCCACCUGCGUAUUUAACUGAUUUGAACAACCCUCAUAACCUCACCUGCUGGCAGUCAGAAAACUAUGUCCAGUAUCCUCAGAACGUCACGUUCACUUUGUCAUUGGGUAAAAAAUUCGAGGUCACCUAUGUGAGCUUGCAGUUCUGUUCACCCCGACCCGAAUCUAUGGCUAUCUUUAAGUCCAUGGACUAUGGCAAAUCCUGGGUUCCUUUCCAAUUCUACUCUACCCAGUGUAAGAAGAUGUAUAACAAGCAGAAUAAGGCGGCAAUUACCAAGCAGAAUGAACAAGAGGCGAUUUGCACAGAUUCUCACACGGACAUGCACCCGCUGACAGGUGGGCUCAUUGCGUUCAGCACCUUGGAUGGCAGACCUUCGGCGCACGACUUCGACAACUCUCCCGUGCUGCAGGACUGGGUGACAGCCACCGACAUCAAGGUUACGUUCAGCCGACUGCACACGUUUGGGGAUGAGAACGAGGACGACUCGGAGCUGGCUAGAGAUUCCUACUUUUACGCGGUAUCAGACCUGCAGGUUGGCGGGCGGUGCAAGUGCAGCGGUCACGCUUCAAAGUGCGUUAAAGAAAGGGAAGGAAACCUGGUAUGCGAGUGCAAGCACAACACCGCGGGGCCGGAGUGUGACAGGUGCAAACCUUUCCACUAUGACCGUCCUUGGCAGCGCGCAACCGCAAGAGAGGCAAACGAAUGUGUUGGUAAAAGUGGAGAGACAGAGAGAAGUGGAGAGACAGAAAGAGGUGGAGAGACAGAGAGAAGUGGAGAGACAGAGAGAGGUGGAGAGACAGAGAGAAGUGGAGAGACAGAGAGAGGUGGAGAGACAGAGAGAAGUGGAGAGACAGAGAGAAGUGGAGAGACAGAGAGAGGUGGAGAGACAGAAAGAGGUGGAGAGACAGAGAGAAGUGGAGAGACAGAGAGAAGUGGAGAGACAGAGAGAGGUGGAGAGACAGAAAGAGAGGUGGAGAGACAGAAAGAAGUGGAGAGACAGAGAGAAGUGGAGAGACAGAGAGAGGUGGAGAGACAGAGAGAAGUGGAGAGACAGAAAGAGAGGUGGAGAGACAGAGAGAAGUGGAGAGACAGAGAGAGGUGGAGAGACAGAAAGAGAGGUGGAGAGACAGAAAGAAGUGGAGAGACAGAAAGAGAGGUGGAGAGACAGAGAAAGGUGGAGAGACAGAGAGAGGUGGAGAGACAGAGAGAAGUGGAGAGACAGAGAGAAGUAGAGAGACAGAGAGAGGUGGAGAGACAGAGAGAAGUGGAGAGACAGAGAGAGGUGGAGAGACAGAGAGAAGUGGAGAGACAGAGAGAGGUGGAGAGACAGAGAGAGGUGGAGAGACAGAGAGAAGUGGAGAGACAGAAAGAGAGGUGGAGAGACAGAGAGAAUUGGAGAGACAGAGAGAGGUGGAGAGACAAAGAGAAGUGGAGAGACAGAAAGAAGUGGAGAGACAGAAAAAAGUGGACAGAGAGAAGUGGAGAGACAGAGAGAGGUGGAGAGACAGAGAGAAGUGGAGAGACAGAAAAAAGUGGACAGAGAGAAGUGGAGAGACAGAGAGAGGUGGAGAGACAGAGAGAAGUGGAGAGAGAAAGAAAGAAGUGGAGAGACAGAGAGAAGUGGAGAGACAGAGAGAGGUGGAGAGACAGAGAGAAGUGGAGAGACAGAAAGAGAGGUGGAGAGACAGAGAGUGAGGUGGAGAGAGAGAAGUGGAGAGACAGAGAGUGAGGUGGAGAGAGAGAAAGUUGAGAGAGAGAGAAGUGUAAAGAUAGAGCUAGAAAGAUAGACAGACAGUGAUGGAGAGACAGAGAGAUGGAGAGAGAGAGAUGUAAAAGAGAGAAGUGGAGAGAAAGAGAGAGAUGUGGAUAUGGGUGAGUAGUUGGCUACACUGCAGGUGCUGCACUGGGGAAGUAAAACAAUAUCCAUUUCCCAUGUGGCUUUGCAUGCGGGGAGGCCAUCAUAUUUAGUGGAAAGGCAUUCUUAUUGGCAGCCGUUACCCUCUCAUUGCAUUCCCAUCCAAUGAUGUGGCAUGCAAAGCAAGUUAGUUCAUUUAAACCAAAUUAAAAUCUUCCUGAUUUGAUUUGCCUUUCAUUUUGCGUCUUAGAUGCUAUGAGAAAAUACAUCUCCAUGAUCAGCUUAAUCUGUUGCCACCACACCCCCAAAGGCCAGUGAUUGGUUUAUCAUUGAAGAGAUAAAUGAAGGAGAUAAAUAAACACAGAGAAUUGGCUCCUCCCCUGACCAUCAGGUUUUCUCUUCCAGAAGAGGCACAUCUCUUAAAUUCAUCCCAGCUACUUUGUAUUCCAACCAUGCACAGCGUAGCAUUGACCCUUUCGCGUCAGACCUACUCUCCUCACUUCGUUGACUGAUGGGGUGUGAAGGAAACUGUGGGAAAGACUUGCCU